UAACCAAGCAGAUCCACGAGCAUGAGCGAGCAUGAGUGAGCUGCGGGAGCAGAUGUCCGGCUACAAACGGAUGCGGCGGCAGCACCAGAAGCAGCUGAUCGCUCUGGAAAACAAGCUGAAAGCCGAGAUGGACGAGCACCAGCUGAAGGUCCAGAAAGAGGUGGAGACGCAUGCCAACAACGCCUACAUCGAGCUGGAGAAGCUGGCCAAGCGCCACAUUGUGCAAAGCGAAAAGGAGAUGACAACGGCCCUGGCAGAUGAGAAGAAGUUCCAGCAGCAGAUUGCGACGCAGCAGAAGAAGGAGCUAAUCACCUUCCUGGAUAAUCAGAAAAAGCAGUACAAACUCUGCAAGGAGAAAAUAAAGGAGGAAAUGAACGAGGACCACAGCACACCCAAGAAGGAGAAACAGGAGCGUCUGUCCAAGCACAAGGAUAACAUGCAGCAUUCCCAGGCUGAGGAGGAGGCCCAACUCCUGGCCCAGCAGAGGGUUUUCUACAACAGGAACUGCCGCGCCUUCAAGCGCAAAGUCAUGAUUAAGCGUCACGACUUGGAGCAGGAGCAGAUCCGAAAGGAGCUGAACAGGAAGAAGGCACUGAAAGAGAUGGAACACGGCAUGCUGAUCCGCCAGGACGAGUCCACGCAGGAGCUGGAGCAGAGGCAGCUGGAGACCCUACAGAAGCUGCGCAUGGACCUGAUACGACUGCAGCACCAGACCGAGCUGGAGAACCAGAUUGAGUACAACAACCGACGCGAGAGCGAACUCCACCGCAAACACGUGCUGGAGCUGCGGCAGCAACCGAAGAAUCUCAAAGUUCUAGAGCUGCAGAUCAAGAAGCAGUUCCAGGACACGUGCAAGGUGCAGACCAAGCAGUACAAGGCCCUGCGCCACCACCAGAUGGAAGUGACACCCAAGGCCGAGCACAAGACGGUGCUCAAGGCCCUGAAGGACGAACAGACACGCAAGCUGGCCAUCCUAGCCGAGCAGUACGAGCAGAGCAUCAACGAGAUGAUGGCCUCGCAGGCGCUGCGUCUGGACGAGGCCCAGGAAGCCGAGUGCCAGGCCCUGAGGCAGCAGCUGCAGCAGGAGAUGGAGCUGCUCAACGCCUACCAGAGCAAGAUCAAGAUGCAAACAGAGAUGCAGCAGGAGAGGGAGCAGCAGAAGCUGGAGCAGAAGGUGUCGCUGUGGCGGGCUCACCUGGAACAAAAGAUUGAAGAGGAGCUGGUUUCCCUUCAAAAGGAGCGAACCGACUGCAUCAAACACCUUCUGGAGCGCCAGGAGCGGGAGAUCGACAACUUCGACAUGGAGAGCACCAGACUGGGCUUUUGUAACCUGGGCACCCUGGACUUUCCAAAGGACGGCAACAGAUAAGGGGCUGCCAAACGUCACUCUCUGUCUUUUUCAUUUCCGUUACGGGUCCCUGGGCGAUGUCCGGCUCAGAACAUCCUCCUCUGUCACCUGACCUGGCGGCGUGGGUGUUGACCCACCACCGAGUCAAAACUACCAACAACAAACACCGACGUUAUCUGGGAGAACGCAGCUCACAGAUGUGUGUAGUUCCCGCCCUGAUCUACAGCGGAUUCCAGAGCCUACAAUCCCACCUCAUAUUGUCCCACCCCCAACCCCAUGAUGCUGACCUUGUCUCCUGUGGUGUCACAUAACAAAAUAUACAUCGGACAACUUCCUGUGGUUGUCACGUGUUUGUACGAGUAAUGACAUUAGUCGGUGUUCUGUGUUUCUUGUGCAACAUUUGAAAGACAAGAAAAGAGAAAACCCCGACAGAGGACCGAGCAAAAAUAAUUCCACAAACCUUCCAGGUUUAAAGAGGUGAUUUAAAAUUUUUGAUCUUCAGUGGUGCGAUAUCUCUUAAAGGGAUCAAUUCUUCUGCACUGCUUCAUGGCACAUUUUGAUGUGUUGCAGGACAUCAGGACAUUUUUAAUGACAAUUUGAAUAAAAGAUACUUUGACAGGCAACUAUCACAAAUAUCAAGAGUACACUUGUAACAAAUGUGAUGAUACUUGAUGGACAGGCGGGGGUUCGGGGUGCUGUAUUAUGGUCACUCCAGUGACAUGUACUGAUUUCUCUGCACUGGCAGCCAAUGUGAAUCAAUAGUAAUACAUGUGAAUUCCCAGCUAGCACAAAGGGCUUCAUUGGGGGGAACAGAGGGAGCGGGAUAGGGUGUACUUUGUGUAAAGAAGGAUUUAUGGAAAGCUUUUACUUAUUUUCGUAUAGUAUUUUAAAAAUGUCACAGAAAGGUGAUUUUAAUGGCGCUUUCUUUCCCUCGUCAUCCUCAGAUCAUACUUGAGAUUCAGUCAAUGGAUAUUCUGGCAUCUUUUCUGGGCUUUACACAACUCUGAGCUGUGUAGUUUCUUAACAACCAGACCAGUAUAACGCUUUAUUAUUGCAUGCACUUUAA